AUGGUGACUCUAUCGCGCGUGACUAAGAAGGGGCGCGAGCAGAAGGAGUCGCUAGUGGAGGCGGUGCGAGCAGCAGUGGAGGAGUAUUCGGAUGUGUACGUGUUCGAGUUCGACAACAUGCGCAACACCAAGCUCAAGGAGCUCAGGGAUGAAUUGAAAGGAGCCUGCAGGUUCUUCCUGGGCGCUAACAAGGUGCUGCAGGUGGCGUUGGGGAGGGACAAGGCCACGGAGCAGAGAGAGGGGCUGCACCGGUGCAGUGAGCUGAUAGAAGGGCACCGAGGGCUGCUCUUCACAUCGUUGCCCAAGGAGCAGGUGGAGAAGCGCUUCAAUGAACUAGCAGAGCCAGAUUUUGCGCGCACAGGCAGCAUCGCCACAAGCACAGUGGAGCUCCCAGAGGGUCCGCUAACCCAGUUCAGCCAUGACAUGGAGCCGUUUCUCAGGAAGCAGGGCAUGCCAGUGCGCCUCAACAGGGGUGUGAUUGAUUUGGUGGCUGACUUUACAGUGUGCACAGAGGGUCAACCGCUCUCCCCUGAAGCUGCCACCAUUUUGCGAUUACUGGGAGAAAAGAUGGCAGUUUUUCGGCUGCAUCUACUAGCGCGCUGGACGGACGGAUCCUUUGAGCUGCUGCCAGCUGGCGUGGAGGCAGCCAAGGCGGGCAGUGGGAAGGGCAGCAAGGGAGGGUUUGUGGAGGGGUUUGUGGAGUCUGAUGAGGAGGGGAGUGAGGAAGAGGAAGGGGAGGACGGGGGUGGUGAGGAAGAGGCUGCUGCAUAG